GGAUCCAAUCCUCUCCCACUCCCAUUCUCCUCAACUCCAAACCAUUUCCUCCCCAUCGCCGCCGCCGCCGCAGCUGAAUCUUCCCGCGUGAAGCCUUCAACUCGGCUCGGGGAUGGAUUCCGACGCGGCACCGUCAGUGACGCCGGGGGCGGUGGCGUUCGUCCUGGAGAACGCGUCGCCGGACGCGGCCACCGGCGUGCCGGUGCCGGAGAUCGUCCUCCAGGUCGUCGACCUCAAGCCCAUCGGCACCCGCUUCACUUUCUUGGCGAGCGAUGGCAAGGACAAGAUAAAGACGAUGCUUCUCACCCAGCUCGCUCCGGAGGUGCGCUCCGGCAACAUCCAGAAUCUCGGCGUCAUCCGCGUCCUCGACUACACCUGCAACACCAUCGGCGAAAAGCAGGAAAAGGUCUUGAUUAUCACGAAGCUCGAGGUCGUGUUCAAGGCGCUGGAUUCCGAGAUCAAGUGCGAGGCCGAAAAGCAAGAGGAGAAGCCGGCGAUUCUGUUGAGUCCCAAGGAGGAAUCCGUGGUUCUCUCCAAGCCCACGAACGCGCCGCCACUUCCUCCGGUUGUGCUGAAGCCCAAGCAGGAGGUGAAGUCCGCGUCCCAGAUCGUGAACGAGCAGCGCGGCAAUGCUGCUCCUGCGGCGCGGUUGGCCAUGACGAGAAGAGUUCAUCCUUUGAUCUCCCUGAACCCCUACCAGGGCAACUGGAUCAUCAAGGUGCGUGUCACAAGCAAGGGCAACCUGAGGACGUACAAGAAUGCUCGUGGUGAAGGCUGCGUCUUCAAUGUGGAGCUCACUGAUGUGGAUGGCACCCAGAUCCAGGCAACCAUGUUCAACGAGGCUGCCAAGAAGUUCUAUCCGAUGUUUGAGCUGGGGAAGGUGUACUACAUCUCCAAAGGAUCUCUCAGAGUCGCCAACAAGCAGUUCAAGACUGUCCAUAAUGACUACGAGAUGACCCUGAAUGAGAAUGCUGUUGUUGAGGAAGCUGAGGGCGAAACUUUUAUCCCACAGAUUCAGUACAACUUUGUCAAGAUUGAUCAGCUAGGGCCAUAUGUUGGUGGCAGGGAGCUAGUAGAUGUUAUUGGGGUUGUUCAGAGCGUAUCUCCUACUCUUAGUGUUAGGAGGAAGAUUGACAACGAGACGAUUCCAAAGCGUGACAUCGUUGUAGCGGAUGACUCGAGCAAAACUGUAACCAUAUCUCUUUGGAAUGAUCUUGCCACAACUACUGGUCAGGAGCUCUUGGACAUGGUAGACUCUGCGCCUAUCAUUGCGAUAAAGAGCCUAAAAGUAUCUGACUUCCAAGGUUUGUCUCUGUCAACUGUGGGGAGAAGUACAAUUGUAGUGAAUCCUGACUUGCCUGAGGCAGAACAGCUCAGAGCUUGGUAUGACUCUGAAGGCAAGGGUACUUCAAUGGCAUCAAUUGGUUCAGAUAUGGGCGCAUCAAGGGUUGGUGGCGCGAGAUCCAUGUACAGUGAUAGAGUUUUUCUGUCUCACAUCACAAGUGACCCCAACUUGGGUCAGGAUAAGCCUGUGUUCUUCAGUCUGAAUGCCUAUAUUAGCCUUAUCAAGCCUGACCAAACCAUGUGGUACCGAGCUUGCAAGACCUGCAACAAGAAGGUGACUGAGGCAAUUGGAUCAGGAUACUGGUGUGAAGGGUGCCAGAAGAAUGAUGCUGAGUGCUCACUGAGGUACAUCAUGGUCAUCAAGGUCUCCGACCCUACUGGUGAGGCCUGGCUUUCUCUGUUCAAUGAUCAGGCAGAGAGGAUUGUUGGCUGCAGUGCAGAUGAGCUUGAUCGGAUUAGGAAGGAGGAGGGUGAUGACAGUUACCUUCUCAAGCUGAAGGAAGCUACUUGGGUUCCUCACCUGUUCCGCGUCAGCGUAACUCAGAAUGAGUACAUGAAUGAGAAGAGGCAGAGGAUCACUGUGAGGAGUGAAGCUCCGGUAGACCACGCAGCUGAAGCCAAGUACAUGCUCGAGGAGAUAGCCAAGCUGACAGGUUGCUAGAUGCAAAAUUAUCGGUGAAGCUUGAAGAGUCCAUGAAAGCUUAGAUGCAGUGUUUCGGUGAAGCUUUUGAAGUGCCUGUCCAUGAAAGCUUUUGAGGUGUAAUAGCUUUAUAAAUUAUGGUUUCUCCACUGCAAUUAGGUGCUAGCUAGUAUUAGCCUUUUGUAUUAUAGGUAGAUGCAUGCUUAACUUGUUUUUGAGGCAACCAGAAUGUGAUGCUGUUAUACAGCCGUUUUAUCUUCAAAUGUGAUGGUUGCCUGGACAGAUUGUGAAAUUGAUAAUUGGAAUCAGUAACUGGUUGAUGUUAAUUUCCUAUA